AUGCUUGCGAAAGCAGCAAGAGAGCUUUCAUUUUCAUCAUCAAAGCUGAAACCUUUGAUUUCUCUUCCUCUCUCUUCCUUCAAAUCCUUCAUUUCUACUGAAUCAAACCCUUCCAUUAGAUUCCUUACUUCAUUUCUCAAUCUUCCUCACUCCAACAUCAGAUCAAAAUCGCCGUCUCUCCUUCUCCCUUCGCGUCACUAUUCUUCAAAUCUUCUCCCGCUUAAUCGAGAUGGGAAUUACGAAAGUGCCACUUCCGUCACCAUCUCCGUUUGCCCAGGUUGCGGAGUUCAUAUGCAGAACUCGAAUCCGAAACACCCAGGUUUCUUCAUCAAACCAUCGAUCGAUAAACAAAAGUCCGAUACGAAUCUUCAUCUCGUACCCACCGAAUUCAUCGAUUCGAUCAAACGAGGGUUUAUCGUCGAACCAGAUAGUUCUGAAUCUGACCUAAACCCUAAAGAUGAACCUUCAGAUGGAAGACCCUUGGUUUGUACUAGAUGCCAUUCACUGAGACAUUACGGGAAAGUGAAAGAUCCAACUGUGGAGAAUCUGCUUCCUGAUUUCGAUUUCGAUCAUACGGUUGGUAGGCGAUUAGGUUCGGCUUCUGGUGCUCGAACCGUCGUGCUUAUGGUCGUUGACGCUUCGGAUUUCGAUGGUUCUUUCCCAACGAAAGUUGCCAAGCUCGUGUCGAGAACGAUCGAUGAGAAUACCACGGCGUGGAAAGAAGGGAGAUCAGGUAACGUACCUAGAGUCGUCGUUGUAGUGACUAAGAUCGAUUUGUUGCCGAGUUCGUUAUCUCCGACCAGGUUUGAGCAUUGGGUUAGACAGAGAGCUCGUGAAGGAGGGUUGAGUAAGAUCACGAAGCUGCAUUUCGUUAGUCCUGUGAAGAAUUGGGGAAUCAAGGAUUUGGUGGAAGACGUUGCGGCGAUGGCCGGAAAGAGAGGAAAUGUGUGGGCGGUCGGGUCGCAGAACGCCGGGAAAAGCACUCUGAUCAACGCCGUGGGGAAGGUUUUUGGCGGGAAAGCUUGGCAUUUGACGGAGGCUCCGGUGCCGGGAACUACAUUGGGGAUAAUUAGGAUCGAAGGUGUUUUACCGUUUGAGGCGAAGCUGUUUGAUACUCCAGGACUGUUGAAUCCGCAUCAGAUCACGACGAGGCUCACUAGAGAGGAGCAGAAGCUUGUUAAUAUCAACAAGGAGCUUAAGCCUAGAACUUACAGGAUCAAGGAAGGUUAUACGGUUCACAUCGGUGGGCUAAUGAGACUUGACAUUGAUGAAUUAUCCGUAGAUUCUCUAUAUGUAACAGUUUGGGCGUCUCCUUGUGUUCCACUUCACAUGGGGAAGAAGGAGAACGCUUACAAAACACUUGAGGACCAUUUCGGUUUUCGAUUACAGCCGCCAAUUGGGGAGAAGCGUGUUGAAGAAUUGGGGAAAUGGGUAAGAAAGGAAUUCCGAGUGAGUGGGAGCAAUUGGGACACAAGUUCAGUAGAUAUCGCCGUUUCUGGUUUGGGUUGGUUUGCGAUAGGAUUCAAAGGAGAUGCGAUUUUAGGUGUUUGGACUCACGAAGGGAUUGAUGUGUUCCUCCGUGACUCAUUGCUCCCACAACGCGCACACACUUUUGAAGAUUAUGGUUUCACCGUUUCCAAGAUCGUUGCUAAAGCUGAUAGAGUUUCUAAUCAAAUUCGUAAGGAGGAAACGCAGAAGAAACGAAGACCCAACAAGUCUACUUCAGAUUCUGUAUCUGACAGAGAAAGUUGCCAUGAGUUUUCGGUUUAG